AUGAGUGACGAGAACAAGUAUGACAGUUUUAGGGAACGGGAUUGUGGCACACUAAAACAGGGUGAUGACGCCAAUCGACCGGAACAAAUAAUAAAGAAAGAUGGAUCAUCUACAGAAGUAGCUACUGGUGAAUCCGACGCAUGUAUUGAGCUCGCGAACGGGCUUGAUGGCAAUCCUGGAGCCGAAAAGGCUAGUCAUACUAAGGACGCUUCCACAAAACCAUCACUAAGUACCCAUGACGAGGUGGAAAAUAACGAACAGAACACGUUCGAGCUACCAAGAGCACCAGGUACAUUGAAUGUCAACGCCCUGAAUGGUCAUUCCGAGGAGGAUGACCGCACGCGCGAUUUGUGCGAAUAUAGGUCAAUGGACCCAAAGAAAUCGCCCAUUGACACACCCAAGGACACAACAGAAACAGCAAUUUCUGCUUCAUUAGACGAGCCAAUACAGUUUACGCGAGUUUCAUCCUCGUCUGCACUGAGUGGAAUUUCCUCUUACGAAAAUGAAGAACACUCGAUCAAAAAUUCGGAGCAGACCAACAAUCCGGCAAUAAAAAAUGAAGGCAUGGAUAGCAGAACAUUUACCAAAUCCGGCGAAGAAGAGAUUGAGGGUCAGAGUGCAGAUGAUAGACCUCCUACAAGCUCGGAUCUCAAGAGCUCGGCGUACAAUGGAAUGAGGGACUUCUCUUCAGUGGGUGAUCAAACAAAUUCAACUAUCAGAGCUUCCGAAUCAGACCAACAUGUAAACGGAACAUUAAUAGCUUCGACUACCAGUGAAAGUAUUUUUGAACUAUCCUCAGAACAGGCCAAUACAAGUAGCAAUAAGAUCCCAUUACUCCCCGUGAAUAAUUUAGAUACGAAGCAACGAACCAGUUCGAAGACCAAUACGCCCGUGACGACACCGAAAAUCCCACAGCAAAAUGCAUCUGCGCCCAUAGUAGGCCCUACACAAACUAGUGUUGCGAAAAGCUCGCCAUUUAAAGCAUUUACCAGUAAAUCGGCUGUAAGGAGUCCUAGAAAUAUUUCUCCUCCAUCAUCUUCACCUGUUAUUCAACCGCAAAGCAGAAAUGAGUCCAGUAAAAGAAAAAGUAGCGGAAGCAGCAGGAUGAAGGGUGUUUUCUCAUCAUUUGUUCAAAAUAUCAAACGAAAUUCGCAAGGAGAGAAAAACAAAACCCCUAACGGAGUCAAGAUAUCAACUCCCUAUAACGCCAAACACCUUCACCAUGUUGGAAUAGAUAUCAAAACUGGUGAAUACACGGGUUUACCCGAAGAAUGGGAAAGAUUGUUGACAUCGAGCGGUAUAACAAAAAAGGAGCAACAACAGAAUAUGCAAGCUGUUGUCGAUAUUGUAAAAUUUUAUCAAGAUGUGACAGAGGCAAGCGGAGAAGAUAAAGUCUUCAAAACCUACAAUGUUGGAAACGCUGGCUAUAGUAUUCAUAACACACCCUCAUUUAGAACGGGUUCAGGUAGUUUUGUAAACAAAUUUUACACUCCCAGUGGCUCGUCGACGCCUGAUCUUAGUCGGCAAACACCAAAUUUGGCUCAAAGCUCCUCAAUUCCUUCACCGCAAGUGAAUGCUUACAGAACUCCACCAAACCCACCUUCUCCACCGUCUUCUCUAGGUGGGCCUGAUUCGACAGAAAAGAUUUCGAAUGAAAAGUUUAUACCCAGUAGGCCGGCCCCAAAACCACCCGUUCAAAGAUCGAAGACGUCAACGUCAGCAGCGCAUGCUUCCAAGACCACAUCGUCCUCGAUAACCGUUCCUAAAGACACUUCCGGCUCUUCACUUUCACUCGCAUCUCGCCAAGCAAGUAUCAAAAGAGAGGAACAACCGCUGCCUCCAAUACCUCAAACAUGUACUCAAGAAAAUAGCAGUGAUAUAAAUAAUGAGACUCAAGACCUGAAAAAUGUUACUUCUGCUGAUAAAACGAACGGACAUUCCAACGUAUUGUCACGGGAUGCUUCACGAAAAGCCAAUGUUGCUCUAGCUGAGAAGAAAGCAGAAGAAAGAGAAAGAAAAACGAAACAACUAUAUGCUAAACUUUCACAAAUAUGCACUGAUGGAGACCCAAGUAAAAUAUACUUGAACUUAACCAAGAUUGGGCAAGGUGCAUCAGGUGGUGUAUAUACUGCCUAUGAAGUUGGCACGAAUGCAUCUGUAGCAAUUAAGCAAAUGAAUCUAGAAAAGCAACCGAAAAAAGAAUUAAUUAUUAACGAAAUCUUGGUUAUGAAAGGAAGUAAGCACAGAAAUAUUGUAAAUUUCAUUGAUUCAUAUCUCUUAAGAGGAGACCUGUGGGUGGUGAUGGAAUACAUGGAAGGUGGAUCGUUGACCGAUGUUGUAACCCAUUGUAUUCUAACAGAGGGACAAAUCGGAGCUGUAUGUCGCGAAACAUUAGCUGGACUUAAGUUCUUACAUUCUAAAGGUGUUAUUCAUAGAGAUAUAAAAUCUGACAAUAUUCUUCUAUCAAUGGAAGGUGAAAUCAAGCUCACUGAUUUUGGAUUUUGUGCCCAGAUAAAUGAAGUAAACCUCAAAAGAACGACUAUGGUAGGAACACCCUACUGGAUGGCUCCAGAAGUUGUUUCUAGAAAAGAAUAUGGACCAAAAGUCGAUAUAUGGUCAUUGGGAAUUAUGAUUAUAGAGAUGAUUGAAGGAGAACCCCCUUACUUGAAUGAAACACCUCUCAGAGCCCUAUAUCUGAUUGCAACCAAUGGAACACCACAACUGAAAGAACCUGAUAAUCUCAGCCAGGAGUUGAAAAAGUUUCUUUCUUGGUGUUUAAAUAUUGAUCCCGAUGAAAGAGCAAGCGCCACUGAACUUUUGCAUGACCAAUUUAUUUCCGAGUAUGCUGAUAAAAACGAAUCUCUUGCGCCAUUGGUUAAACUUGCCCGCAUGAAAAAGAUAGCUGAAAAGAUGGAAGAUGAUGAGGCUGAUGCAUAG